GAGCGGCUGAGCGGGCUGGCGGCCAUUUUGUGAAGCGGCGAAGGAGGUGGUCGCUGCGCUGGGCUCCAGGAAGCCGUUCGGGCUGGGGCUGUCGGCCGCGGGGCAGAGGCACUCGCGCGGGGGGUAACUCGGGUCUGGGUUCUGGUGACGCGCAAGCUCUCCCCGUCUAAAAGUUGGUUUUAAUUGGUUGCCCACAGGAUUGACUUGGCCUCUACUUCUUGUUAAGAAAAUACAUCUCUUGUUUUAUCAGGUGUGUGUGGUUUCAGCGCAGCAUGGCUGUGGUCAUCCGUUUGCAAGGUCUCCCAAUUGUGGCGGGGACUAUGGACAUUCGCCACUUCUUCUCUGGAUUGACCAUCCCUGAUGGGGGCGUGCAUAUUGUAGGGGGUGAACUGGGUGAGGCUUUCAUCGUUUUUGCCACUGAUGAAGAUGCAAGGCUUGGUAUGAUGCGCACAGGUGGUACAAUUAAAGGGUCAAAAGUAACACUGUUAUUGAGUAGUAAAACAGAAAUGCAGAAUAUGAUUGAACUGAGUCGUAGGCGUUUUGAAACUGCCAAUUUAGAUAUACCACCAGCAAAUGCUAACAGAUCAGGACCACCACCUAGCUCAGGAAUGAGUGGCAGGGUAAACUUGCCUACAACAGUAUCCAACUUUAAUAAUCCUUCGCCAAGUGUAGUUACUACUACCACUUCUGUUCAUGAAAGCAACAAAAAUGUACAGACAUUUUCUGCGUCCAACGUAGGAACUGCUCCUCCAAAUAUGGGAACUUCUUUUGGGAGCCCAACGUUCAGCUCUACCAUUCCAAGUACAGCCUCUUCAAUGAAUACAGUCCCUCCACCACCAAUUCCUCCAAUUCCAGCAAUGCCAUCUCUGCCACCGAUGCCAUCCAUUCCCCCAAUACCAGUUCCUCCUCCAGUACCUACAUUGCCUCCAGUUCCACCUGUUCCCCCAAUUCCCCCAGUCCCUUCUGUGCCACCCAUGACCCCACUGCCACCCAUGUCAGGCAUGCCACCCUUGAACCCGCCACCGGUGGCACCUCUACCUGCUGGAAUGAAUGGCUCCGGAGCACCUAUAAAUCUGAACAAUAAUCUGAACCCUAUGUUUCUGGGUCCAUUGAAUCCUGUUAAUCCUGUCCAGAUGAACUCUCAGAGCAGUGUGAAACCACUUCCCAUCAAUCCUGAUGAUCUGUAUGUCAGUGUGCAUGGAAUGCCCUUUUCUGCAGUGGAAAAUGAUGUCAGAGAUUUUUUCCAUGGGCUCCGUGUUGAUGCAGUGCAUUUGUUAAAAGAUCAUGUAGGUCGAAAUAAUGGGAAUGGAUUGGUUAAGUUUCUCUCCCCACAAGACACAUUUGAAGCUUUGAAACGAAACAGAAUGCUGAUGAUUCAACGUUAUGUGGAAGUUGGUCCUGCCACAGAGAGACAGUGGGUAGCUGCUGGAGGCCAUAUUACUUUUAAGCAAAGUAUCGGACCUUCUGGACAAACUCAUCCCCCUCCUCAGACACUUCCCAGGUCAAAAUCGCCCAGUGGACAGAAAAGGUCAAGGUCAAGAUCACCACAUGAAGCUGGUUUUUGUGUUUACUUAAAAGGGUUACCAUUUGAAGCAGAAAACAAACAUGUCAUUGAUUUUUUUAAAAAGUUGGAUAUUGUGGAAGAUAGUAUUUAUAUAGCUUAUGGACCCAAUGGGAAAGCAACUGGUGAAGGCUUCGUAGAGUUCAGGAAUGAGGCUGACUAUAAGGCUGCUCUGUGUCGCCAUAAACAGUACAUGGGCAAUCGCUUUAUUCAAGUUCAUCCAAUUACUAAGAAAGGUAUGCUAGAAAAGAUAGAUACAAUUCGGAAAAGACUCCAGAACUUCAGCUAUGACCAGAGGGAAAUGAUACUAAAUCCAGAGGGAGAUGUCAAUUCUGCCAAAGUCUGUGCCCAUAUAACAAAUAUUCCAUUCAGCAUUACCAAGAUGGAUGUUCUUCAGUUUCUUGAAGGAAUCCCAGUGGAUGAAAAUGCUGUACAUGUUCUUGUUGAUAACAAUGGGCAAGGUCUAGGACAGGCAUUGGUUCAGUUUAAAAAUGAAGAUGAUGCACGUAAGUCCGAACACUUACACCGUAAAAAACUUAAUGGGAGAGAAGCUUUUGUUCAUGUCGUUACCCUAGAAGAUAUGAGAGAAAUUGAAAAAAAUCCCCCUGUCCAAGGAAAAAAGGGGUUAAAGAUGCCUGUGCCAGGUAAUCCUGCAGUACCAGGAAUGCCCAACACAGGAAUGCCCAACGCAGGAAUGCCCAAUGCAGGAAUGCCCAGUGCAGGAAUGCCCAGUGCAGGAAUGCCCAAUGCAGGAAUGCCUGGUACUGGAAUGCCCGGUUCAGGGAUGCCUGGUGCAGGAGUACCCGGUGCGGGAGUGCCUGGUACAGGUGUGCCUGGUGCGGGAGUACCCGGCGCAGGAGUACCUGGUGCGGGAAUGCCUGGUGCGGGAAUACCCGGUGCGGGACUGCCUGGUGCCGGAAUACCUGGUGCUGGACUUCCCGGUGCGGGAAUACCUGGUGCUGGAAUACCUGGUGCGGGAAUGCCCGCUGCAGGAAUACCCACUGCAGGAAUGCCAGGUGCAGGAGGUGAAGAGCAUGCCUUCCUGACAGUAGGAUCAAAGGAGGCCAACAAUGGUCCUCCAUUUAACUUUCCUGGUAAUUUUGGUGGGUCAAAUGCUUUUGGGCCACCUCUUCCUCCUCCAGGAUUAGGAGGGGCCUUUGGUGAUGUGAGGCCUGGUAUGCCUUCAGUUAAUAACAGUGGUUUGCCUGGUCUAGGAUUGGAAGUUCCAGGUUUUGGAGGUGGACCAAAUAAUUUAAGUGGGCCAUCAGGAUUUGCAGGGGGCCCUCAGAAUUUUGGAAAUGGCCCUGCUACCUUAGGUGGCCCCCCUGGCUUUGGAAGUGGCCCUCCUGGUCUUGGAAGUGCCCCAGGGCAUUUGAGUGGACCACCAGCCUUUGGCCCUGGCCCUGGCCCUGGCCCUGGCCCUGGCCCUGGCCCAAUCCAUAUUGGUGGUCCCCCUGGCUUUGGGUCUAGUUCUGGAAAACCAGGACCUACUGUAAUUAAAGUUCAGAACAUGCCCUUCACUGUGUCUAUUGAUGAGAUUUUAGAUUUCUUUUAUGGCUAUCAAGUUAUCCCAGGCUCAGUGUGUUUAAAAUACAAUGAAAAAGGUAUGCCCACAGGUGAAGCCAUGGUGGCCUUUGAAUCCCGGGAUGAAGCCACAGCUGCUGUCAUUGACUUAAAUGACAGGCCAAUAGGCUCAAGAAAAGUAAAACUUAUGGCCCACUGCAAGACUUUGGUUCAGCUCUCCAUUUCCUGUGACCACCUCAUUGACAAAGACAUCAGCUCCAAGUCUGACCCACUCUGUGUCCUUUUACAGGAUGUAGGAGGGGGUAGCUGGGUUGAGUUUGGCCGGACCGAGCAAGUACGGAACUGCUCAAGCCCUGAGUUCUCCAAGACUUUGCAACUUGAAUACCACUUUGAGACAGUCCAGAAGUUACGAUUUGGAAUCUAUGACAUAGACAACAAGACACCAGAGCUGGCAGAUGAUGAUUUCCUAGGGGGAGCUGAGUGUUCUCUAGGACAGGUUGUGUCCAGUCAGAUACUGACUCUACCCUUAAUGCUGAAGCCUGGAAAACCUGCUGGGCGGGGGACCAUCACGGUCUCCGCUCUGGAGUUGAAGGACAGUUGUGUAGUAACCAUGGAAGUGGAGGCCAGAAACCUAGAUAAGAAGGACUUCCUGGGAAAAUCAGAUCCAUUUCUGGAAUUCUUCCGCCAGGGUGAUGGAAAAUGGCAUCUGGUAUACAGAUCUGAGGUAAUCAAGAACAACUUGAACCCUACAUGGAAGCGCUUCUCAGUUCCCCUUCAGCAGUUGUGUGGUGGGGAUUACAGCACACCAAUUCAGGUGCGCUGCUCAGACUAUGAUAAUGAUGGGUCACAUGAUCUUAUUGGUAUCUUCUACACCAGCUUGACCCAGCUGCAGGCAGUCCCGGCCGAGUUUGAAUGCAUCCACCCAGAGAAGCACCAGAAAAAGAAAAGCUACAAGAACUCUGGGACUGUCUGUGUCAAGGUUUGCCAGGUGGAAACAGAAUACUCUUUCCUGGACUAUGUGAUGGGUGGUUGCCAAAUCAACUUCACUGUUGGCGUGGACUUCACUGGCUCCAAUGGAGACCCCUCCUCUCCUGAUUCGCUGCAUUAUCUGAGUCCUACAGGAGUCAAUGAGUAUCUGACAGCACUGUGGAGUGUGGGCAGUGUGAUUCAGGACUAUGACUCGGACAAGCUAUUUCCAGCAUUUGGGUUUGGGGCUCAGGUGCCUCCUGACUGGCAGGUAUCGCAUGAAUUUGCCUUGAACUUCAAUCCUAAUAAUCCCUAUUGUCCAGGUAUUCAGGGCAUUGUAGAUGCCUACCGCCAGGCCUUGCCUCAAAUUCGCCUCUAUGGGCCCACCAACUUUGCACCCAUCAUCAAUCAUGUAGCCAGAUUCGCAGCCCAGGCUGCAUAUCAAAGGACUGCGUCACAAUACUUUGUGCUGUUGCUGUUGACUGAUGGUGCUGUGACAGAUGUAGAGGCUACCUGCCAGGCUGUGGUAAAUGCCUCAAAGCUGCCUAUGUCAGUGAUCAUUGUGGGUGUGGGCGGAGCUGACUUUGAGGCCAUGGAACGGUUGGAUGCUGAUGGUGGACCUCUACGUACACACUCUGGAGAGUCAGCAGCCCGUGACAUAGUGCAGUUUGUGUCUUACCGUCGUUUCCAGAAUGCCCCUCGGGAAGCACUGGCACAAGCUGUGCUUGCUGAAGUGCCCACACAGCUGGUCUCCUACUUUAAAGCCCAGGGUUGGACCCCACUCAAAAUGCCUCCAUCCCCAGCCAAGGUUCCUGCACAGGCUCCCCAGGCCUAGGUGGUGCUUUAGAUUUUAUAUCUGCUUAUUAUUUGCUACUUUUUUUUUUUUUUUUUUUGAACUCACGACCAUGCGUUUGCAAGGCAGGCGCUUAUGCCACUGAGCUAACUCCCCAACCCUGCUACUUUUUUUUUUAAAGACAGGGUCUCAUUUUGUAGUGGACCCUGGCUUUAAACUCAUUCUGUAGUCCAGGCUGGACUCAAAUUCACAGUGAUCCUUCAGCCUUAGCCUCCUGAAUGCUGAGAUUACAGGCAGGCCUGUUACUGCUAUUCUCGAUCUCAUGCUUGUUCUUGGCCCCUCUUAUUCAAUAAAGACCAGUAAAAACCA